UGAGCUAUCCCUUUAUCUUCUACGACAAGUAUGGAUAGGUUGUUCUGGAUGCCCGAUAAAACUAGGAAUUACACUGUCAAGAGUGCGUACAGAAAGCUAACAUGGGAUGAAGCAAUAGAGAGCAACACGGCGAGUGAGCUUAUGGAGGAAGGAAAAAGGUCCAUGUAAAUGAUAUUUGUCCUUUCUACCAUGGUGCGGAGGAGACAGUAGUCCACCUCUUUGUGUCAUGCCACUUUGCUCGUCAGGUUUGAGGUGCUUCCUUCCUCGGGUGGUUUUCCCUUGUAGCACAAACUUUUCCUGAAUGGUUGGUGGCAAUAUUUAAUCUUUUUAAUGCUAAAAAUCAAGCUUUGAUAUACUGUAUUAUUUGGUCACUGUGAUCAGCCUGCAAUGCGAGGAUUUGGAAAGGGGGGUCAAUUUUGGCCCUCCGAGUCUGGAAUCAUGCAUUAAGAGCUUUUGAGGAUUCGGGCCUUGUUGCAGCACCUUCUGUUGAGUCUAGGGCGCCGGGGGAUAGGAGAAACCCCCCUCAACUUUCAUUAAAGUUAAUGUUGACGCUUUGGUGGGGCCCAUAUAGAAUCAUGUGGGCUUCGGCUUGGUUGCUCGGGACCACGAUGGAUGCUUCGUUGCAGCUAAAAGUAUAAGUGUAGAGGAAAUUUUGGUCCUCGUGAAGCGGAGGCCAUCGCGGUGAAGGAGGCUCUCAGUUGGAUUAAAGCUAAAGGUUGGACUCGUGCCAUAAUUGAGUCAGAUUGUAAGGAGGUCAUCGAUCAACUAAGUUCACCUGUUAGUCAUUAUUCUUACUUUGACUCGAUGUUUCUAAACGUCUCCGUAUUAUUCGUGGAGGAGACCUUACAUCUCAGUUUUCUCAUCGCUCAUCCAAUGAGGCAACACAUAUUUUAGCAUUUGCUACUCAUUCAAUGUCGGGUGUAGGGGAGUGAGUUGAUUCACCCCUUGACUUUAUCGUAAACUUCCUUUAAUUUAAUGAAGUGAAGUUUUACCUCAAAAAAGAAGAUUAUCUCUGCAUUCAAACGGCGUCGUCUUAUCUCAUCUUGCCGAACUGCUCCUUCCUCCCGUGAAACCCUAGAGGAAACAAUAGCAGUGAAUUCGAAUACACACCACCUGAAACUCAUGGUGAUUGCUAGAACCGGUGUAUUUGUCGAUGAUUAUUUGGAAUGUAAGAACAAUUAUUUGAUAACGUCGAUUGAUAUAAAAUCUUCUCUUAAAUAUCUUAUGUAUUUGAUUCUGGUGAUAUUGAGUUUCUCUGCAACAGAUUCAAACACAUUGCCCGCUGAGCUCCAGAGGCUCCUCAAUACUAUAAGAGAACUCGAUGAACGUUCUCAUGGUCUGUCCUCUCUCUUUUUCCAUGAUUGUGUACAUGUUCUGCUUUUUUAAAAUAAAUUUUUAUUUUUUCUUACAAAUUGAGCUUGAGGAUCAUACUGAGGUUAAUAUUAAGUACAAUGAUUAUGUUUGCAUUUAAAUUGGUUAAAUUUUUAUGUUGCGUCCCUUGAAAACAACCUCUCUACUUUUAAGUAGGGGUAUGGUUUGCGUGCACAUGCCCUCACCAGACCCUACUUUCGUAGGAUUUCACUGGGUUGUUGUUAGUUUUUUGUUAGAUUGGUUAACUCUUAACAAGUGCAUGAAUCUUUGCAUGGAAUGGGCAUGAAGCCAUGAUUAAUCACAGCAGGCAGCACACGAAUUAUUGUCUUGGAUUAGCUUCUCAGGCUCACGGUUCAAGGAAAAGUAAUUAUGAAGAUGAUGAAUCCUUUGAGAGGUUGAGAAAGGAAAUUGAGGUUAACCAGAACAAUGCAUUAAGCCUCUGCACCGAGAAAGUUUUGCUUGCAAGACAAGCUCAUGACCUUGUAAUAGAUUUAUUUUUAUUUUUUUCUCAAUAGAUUUAUUGUUUUUUUUUCAAAUCCCAUUGUUUUUUCUGCACAUAUUCAUUCAGGAAAAAGUUAUUCAGCUUGUAUUUUGCAUAUUUUGUCUCAUAAAUGGAAAUGCAAAAG